CGCAUCUGACCAUCAACGAUGUCGCGCUCCAACAACACCGCGUCGUCUUCACGAAGACGCCUAACAACUGAGGAGGUGGACUCACAACGAUCGACCCAAGGGCAUCAUGAUCGCAAACCUUUCCGAAACGGAGAAGCCAAACCUAGAGUCCAGGAUGAGGAAGAAGACGAUGACUUGGAAGAAGACGACGACCCCGCGCUGCAGUGGAAUGUCGACAACUUUGUGAACGUUCCGGUUGGUCCAGAGGGCAUCAAAACCCUGCGAGACCUCAAGAAGCACUUUCUGACGGUGCAGACGAAGCUCGACUCUGGUAUCAAUAUGGGGAAGGAAGUGGCGUGCGCCUUGGAACGGGCGAAAGAAAACCAUCCUGCCAUCGCUGAGAUCCAAGAGGGCAUCCUCCGCAUGAUCGACCAGAAGAGCAUCCUGAAGCUGCGUCAUGACGUGAUUGACGACAUCAUUGGCAAGAUCAAUCACGAGAACCACAUCAGCAACAUGCAAGACUACUACACCAAGCAGGUAGAGGAUCGUAUUGCCGAGUACGAGGCGCAGACUGCCCGCAUGAAGUACAAGACGAACGAGGGGUUUGUGUCGUUCCGCAGCGCCGUGUGGGAAGUGAACCACGAAGACGAAGCAUGUCCGCCCAUGUCACAUUGGCUGCCGCGCGAAGCGGGCGACGAGGACGACGACGACGACAUCGAGGUCGGUGGCACAACGCAGCGUUACACCUGCCCCAUUACACUUGUUGCCUACAAGAACGCCGUCACAAGCAAGACGUGCAACCACUCAUACUCAAAGGACGCAAUCAUGGAGAUCAUUACGAGCGCACGCCGAGGGAACCGCGCGGCACGAUGUCCGUUCAGCGGGUGCAACGCUACCAUCACUGCGCAGAUACUCGUCGAGAAUCCUGACUUGCAGCGCAAGUCGGACAGGCACGUCGAGCGCGAGCGGCAGCGCGCUGAGGAGGCCGAGGAGGAGGAGGACGUGCUUGAACUUUGAGCAAGAUUGUAUUGUCUACCGACGUAUGUAGAUAUUAGUUGCAUUGCGCAUGCCCGCGCGCGGGCUAUUAGAGGACGAGUAGGUGAAUAUACAACACAAAUGUC